ACAUUUAUUUAUAUAGAUGAAUAAAUAGGUAGAUUAGAUUAUAAAAUAAAAAAAUGGAUAUUAUGUAUCUUUUAUAGUUUAUUGGUACUAUGAUGAAAUACAUUUGGCUGACAAAUACUGUAUGCAUCACAUUAAGUGUACUUGUUUAUGUAAAUACGUUCAACUUGAUGUAUGGACAUUUUAUAUGCUAUUAAAAUACAUAAAUUAUUCCUAAACUUUUAAAUUAUGAAAAGGUAACCAAGUUUGUUUAAAUUGUUUGAAGGGAAAGCUUUUACUGCUGGAAAAAUGGAAGCUCAAUAUCUGCAUUGUUGAUUUAUUUUAUAGCCCCACAGACACACCAUCCUGGUUACUGCGAGCAAAUCCGAAGGUCUACUGUAUCUUUAUUGAUCCAACAAGGCAAUGAGAUCAUCUGACCACUUAAAUUGAUUUUCACUGUUUAUUUUUGGCUACUCUAACCACUUCCUCAAAAGGCCAUGGAUGCCAGUUCAAUUCCUCAGAUUAAUAUAGAGGGCUGUGAUGGCCUUGAGGUUGCCCCAGAUGAUCAUUUGAGAAACCUGAAAGCACUGACUGAGAAGCUCAGGCUUGAGACCAGAAGGCCGUCCUAUCUUGAGUGGAAGGAACAAGUGGAAGCUCAAAGCUCCAAAGGCUUAGCAGUGUCAGAGGUCUCAUCAGAGCUGGAGACAGGUCCUGGACUGAAGCCUGAUGGCACACCUCACAGUUCCCAAGUGACUGCAGGAAAUGCCCUGAUUUCUAGAAGCCUUGGAGGAUUUGAUAAUAUCGAUGAAGCUCUGGUUUGGCUUAGAAAAGAACUGAUGGAGAUGCGCAUCCAGGACCAGCAGCUGGCCCGCCAACUUAUGCGACUACGCGGUGAAAUCAACAAACUCAAAGUGGAGCAGACGUGUCACCUGCAUCGCCGGAUGCUCAACGACGCCACCUUUGGCCUGGAGGAGCGUGACGAGCUGUCAGAUCUUCUGUGUGAUGGACCCGUCACUCCAGGGUUUGGACUCUCUUCACCAUUGCGCCUCAUUGGUGUCACCAAGAUGAACAUCAACUCCAGACGCUUUUCCCUUUGCUAGCCAUUUAACGUGUGACCCAACUCCGAAAGAAAAGAAUUAGUGACUCAAAAAGUGAUUGAUCUUGAAGUGAAUGAACUGUUUUGGAACCCGAGAGAACUGUUGUCACAGAACAUCCUGUGCCUCUUGCUCUAUAUUCUUGUGCCAGUGAAACCUUUUCAGUUAAUCAAAUGAACAAUAGACAAUGACUUCUAAAAAAAUGAUCCACUAGCCAUGGCUCUAUGCCUCUAAAACAGUCCUUGCUGUGGUCCUGAGAUAUCAAAUGAUGUUGCUUACCAUGCACAUGCUCUGUUUCAAAACCUUGGAAACUAUCAAAUGCAUGAAGACUGUUCCAAUAUAGGCAUCUUAAUUUUAGUGCCUCCAAGACACUUUCUGCCAAAUUCUAAGGCAGCAUUCACGGUGAAAGCAAUCCAAUAAUGCAUUGCGAUAAGCUCAGUGAAGAUUGCGGACCAGGCAUUAGAAAUGUUGAUUAUUAAUAAACGUACAUAUCAUUUAAUAUUGAAAAGCAUUGAUGGAUGUAAUUAAGAUGAAUUAUUUUAUAAUCAUUUUGUGUUCUGUGAAUUUUAUUUAGUGCUGGGCAGCAAUUAAUCGUGAUUAAUUGCAUCCAAAAUAAAAGUUUUUGUUUAUGUAAUAUAUGUGUGUACUAAUUCAUGUGUAUAUAAAGACACAUACAUACAGUAUAUAUUUAGAAUUUAUUUACAUGUAUAUAUUUAUAUUCAUAUUUAUAUUUUUUAUAAAUAGUACACACACAUAUAUUUUGUACACAAAACCUUUUAUUUUGGAUGCGAUUAAUCACGAUUAAUUGUUGCCCAGCACUAAUUUUAAUGCGUAUUAUGUAUUAUUUAAUGCUUUAUUAGUGCAUUAGCUUAGCAACAUGUUAACAUCAACAGUGCACAGCCAUUUUUUCAUUUUUUCUUCAUUCCAGAAUUUUUUUCCCCAUUCAUUUUUACCCUAUGAAUUUGAAAACAUUUUCAUCAAUGAGUUAUAAGCUGUAAACCAUACCAACCAGCUAUGAAAUGAAUCCCAACAUAAACUUUGAUUUGAAGCAAAAACAUUUCUGAAAAUCAGACAAAAAGACAUGAUGAAAAAGAAAGAAAUAAGUAACAGAGUAAUGCAGGCUGAUGGUUUCAACAAAAGCGUGUACCAUCGAUUAACAACCUUGAAGCUCACAGAAGGCUUUUCUUUAAUGGUUUUUGUUAAAAAUCAAUUCCCCAAAAGAGAAAAUGAUUGGUAUUUCACUUCCGGAACUAGAAUGUUUUCAAAUAAAAUGAAUCAAUUUAAUUAUGUGGCACACAGACUUGCUACCUUUGUAUUAACGCUUCAAAUCGGACUCUUGUGAGGUUCAUGAUUAUAAUAUGUAGGCCGUAGUGAAGCAGCUCACUAGGUUUUGGAACAGAGCCACAGCCUUAAUUCAGUUUUGCUUAUAUGUAUGACAUAAAAUGUCUCAAUUAGUUCUGCAUGUGAUUUUUUCUAUACACAUUUGUAUUUUAUAUGGAAGAAUAUCUUAUAAACGUAACUCGGUUGUGGUUAGAUUCAUUAAAAAAAAAUUAUGAUUGGCAUGUACAGUGAAGAUUGUAUUUGCUAUACUGUACAAUAACAUCCCAGUCUACAGAUCAUCUGUGGAAACAUGUUUACAGAAACCUCUGACAAUUCAUCCAUAUAAUCCUGCAAUAAAUGUUUUACAGUACA